AUGUCACUCAAAUCUCUAGCUCCUAGACCCAAAACCCUCCACUCCUUUUUCAGCUCUCUUCUCCGACCCACCAAUCCCGUUGCUCACUUCCGCCCUUUCUCUUCUCUCAUCCACCAAAACCCACCAUCUCCUCCUCACCUGGUCAACGAAAUCUCACGCAUCCUCAGCGACCACAGAGACCCUCACCACGACUUGGAGCUUUCCCUCAGCUCUUGGUCCACCCAACUAUCCCCAAACUUGGUUGAACAGGUUCUCAAACGCUGCAAAAACCUUGGGGUUUCAGCCCACAGAUUCUUCCUCUGGGCUAAAACAGUUCCGGGUUUUCGACACAGCGAUGAAAGCCAUCACAUUUUGAUUGAUAUUUUGGGGAGUAGCGGUCAGUUUACUCUGUUGUGGGAUUUCCUCAUUGAGAUGAGAGAGUCCAAGUGCUGUGAGAUUGGCCCAGAGUUGUUCUGGGUUGUUUUUAGAGUUUACAGUAGAGCUAAUUUGCCUCGUGAUGCGAUUCGAGCUUUUAGUAGAAUGGUUGAGUUUGGAAUCAAGCCUAGUGUCCAUGAUCUUGAUCAGCUUCUUUAUACAUUAUGUAAACGAAAGCAUGUCAAGGAUGCUCAGGAGUUUUUUGAUAAAGUUAAGAGCGGGUUUGAGUUAGGCGCGAAGACUUACAGCAUUUUGAUGAGGGGUUGGGGAGACAUUAGUGAUUCGGAUAACGCACGCAAGCUGUUCGAUGAAAUGACUGAGAGAGGGUGUUUGGUUGAUGUGCCUGCAUAUAAUAGUUACUUGGAGGCAUUGUGUAAAGGUGGGAAUGUGGAUGGGGCUUAUAAGAUAUUUCGAGAAAUGGGUUCAAAAGGAGUUGAGCCAGAUGCUGGUUCAUACUCGAUUUUCAUUCGGGCAUAUUGUGAGGCGAAUGAUGUUCAUUCGGUUUUUGGCGUGCUCGAUAGAAUGAAGAGAUAUAAUCUUUUGGCCAAUGUGUUUACGUACAAUUGUAUCAUCAAGAAGCUGUGUAAGAAUGACAAGGUGGAAGAGGCGUACCAACUUCUGGAUGAAAUGAUCGAAAUGGGAGUUAAGCCGGAUGAAUGGAGUUACAAUGCAAUCCAAGCUUAUCAUUGUGAUCAUGGUGAAGUCAAUCAGGCUCUUAGGUUGUUGUCUAGAAUGGAAAAAGAUAGCUGCAUGCCAGAUAGGCAUACUUACAACAUGGUACUAAAGUUGCUGAUCAGGAUCGGCAGAUUUGAUAGGGCAACUGAAGUGUGGGAGAGUAUGGGGAAGAGAGGAUUUUAUCCUUCUGUCUCAACAUAUUCUGUCAUGAUUCAUAGCUUGUGCAAAAAGAAACACAAACUAGAGGAAGCUUGUAAAUACUUUGAAAUAAUGAUUGAUGAAGGUAUACCCCCAUACUCUUCUACUGUUGAGAUGUUGAGAAACAGGCUUUUGGGUUUGGGACUUCUGGAUGGCAUUGAAAUACUUGCUCGUAAGAUGGAGGAAAGCUCCUGUUGUUCAAUACAAGAGUUUGCCAAGGUGCUGAGAGGCAAUAAAGCUUCUGUAAGAUCGAGAAGUGGGCUCACGGACAUUGAGAGUGAUUGACAGGGUGCAUGCGGCAGCUAUCCCAGACUACGAGCCUGCUUGAAGCAGUUAACUGAAGCUGUCGACUCCAUGAACACUCAGGUGCAGUUCCUACUUGUUGCUAUGACAUCGGGUGGUGGUGAAACCAAUAAAAUUGCCAGCGAGCACAAAGCCAACAGAGACCUCUGUCAAAGUAAUCUGGUCACAUUUUCUGGUUGUCUGCUCCGGGCAGUGCUGCUAUCAGUUUAGACCUUUGUUGAUUUGUCGAUGCAUCAGAAGGGCAUCAACCCUUAUAUUUGACUGCUCCAGCUGUAAUAUCUGUGUGAUUUAGUUUCCCCUGGGACGGAGCUAAAUUCAUUCUUGUUGUUUAACAACUACAUACUGAGACCCUGGGAAAUUCGGGUUUAUUUUUAAUUCAA